CCUUGCAUCUUUACAUCUUUAGUUAAAAAGGUUAGCCGUUAUAAGGCGCUCUACUGGAAAUAAAUACCUGGUAUGUAGCCUAAAAGUAAGAGCCUUAAUUGGUAGGUAUAAUUACAGGUGGUGGUGGGAGAAAUAUUUUUAGACAUAAGGGGGAGUUGAACUUUCUGCGAAUCAGGGACAAUUUGAAUUUGACGUCAUUAUUUUAUGAAUAAGUUCAUCAUCUAGACUAGUACAAAGCCUUCACAUUGAAAUUCCGCCCAUGGAAGCAAAGGUCUCGCUAAAUAUGCGCGUCAAAGUAAAGGAAUGUAUUACGUUGGUUUAAUUGGAAAAACGCGAUGGGGGUGCGAGGUCAGUUGAGUGGGCUCCCUCCUCCCAUAAUAGGCAGUUACGAUACGAUCUCAGGGCGCGCAGUCGAGCUGGGUGCUCGGUGCUCGCCAGUGCCGCGCCGCUCGCCCCAACGGUCGCGAACCACUGGUUCGCCAAUUGUCACCAAACAUUGACAAUUUUCGAAUGUGAAAUACAGAGACAACUCCACGUAUGGGUGCCGGCUAGCAUUGGACCCAUGAAAUAUGGGCUGCACGAGCAGCGCUCCAACUAUGGCUCCAGCGAAUGCCACAGAAAGAAACAUAUCAUUUGCCGACGAAGAAGAAAAGCCAGCGGAAAAAUUAAAUAAGAUGGAAACCCAAACACAAGCCAUAAUUGAAAAUAAGGUGCUUCCCAAUAUGUGUGAUAAUUUAGAUGAUUCGAUACUAUUAUCUGAAAAUGGCAAAUGUAUAUUAGAUACUGCAAGUCAGCGAAUAGAUAAAGAUGUACAGACGGAUAAUUUUAGGAUAGGUAAUGAAAAUGCCUGGGACGAAAGUUUUAGAUUAAUGCAAGAAGAAAAAGAACAAACUCCAAAGUUAGAAGAAGUGGUCGAGCAAGUGGUGGAGAUGUUACAUUCGGAGAACACCGAGAGUGCCAGGAGUACUCCCGAGGAGCCGGAAGCUGUCGUCGAGGUAACGGAGGUUAGCGAAGAAGUAGAGGCUGUGCAAACUGCAGAAGACCUAGGCAAAAAUUACGAGCACUUAGAAGAAAUGGUAAGCCCGAGUCAGUCGGAGAGCAGCCGGGCCACCCGCUGGGAGGCGCUGGCCGACAUCGCGGCCGAGCUGCCACCCUCACUCGCCGUCGACCCCCUCACGGGACAAAUCUACACCUUGAAGUGAAACAUUCUUGAACGCUAGUUGAUCUCCAUGGAGUUCAUUGGCGAUAGAUCGCACAGAAUGGAGACAAGAGGAUGUACUCGUGUAGUAGGUACAAGACUAAUUUUGGGUAGCUGGUUAAUUUCAGGGCCUAGCUCAAUUGAAUUUCUUGAACAACAAAAUUCAAAUUAGAAACAUAAGCAACCAAAUGUAGGCUAUUCCGAAAUUAUCGGUGCUGAGCCAGAACAGUAGAAAUGCAUUUACUCUAUGUACCUGAUCGGUGCGGAAUGCAGAACCGUGGAGUAAAACGUUCAAUUAUAGGCACAAUCACACAAGCACUGUGGAUCGAGAUAUUCGCACAGAUGUAAAUAUAAAUGAAAUAUUAGAUAGGUAAAAGUUAAAAUAAUUAUGUUUACCAGGUAAACGUGUAUGAUGUGUCUAAAUUCACUUCGUGGUUUAUAUUUAAUAUGUGAGUGACCGGGCUAUGCUCGGAAAAGUCGGAAAACAUUGAUUUUAAAACUAAAACUGCGCGUUUUCUCAAGAGAUAAUACGACUUUUCGUCCCCGAAAACCCUAUACAGCAAAAGUCAUCAAAAUCGUUGGAGCCGUUUCCCAGAUCGCCACGAUAUAUAAAUAUAUACUAUAUAUGUAUAUUGCUUGAUUAAAGGUAUAAGAUAAUAGCGCUAUUUGUUUCUGAACCAGGAAGUGAGUUGUGGCAGAAGGGUAACAGUUUAUGCAAAGGUAGCAAAAAUUUCAAUUCCAUGAUAAGAAUCCAUACUAAUAUUAUAAAUGGGAAAGUGUGUGUGUCUGUUUGUUUGUCCGUCUUUCACGGCAAAACGGAGCAACGAAAUGACGUGAUUUUUUAAGUGGAGAUAGUUGAAGGGAUGGAGAGUGACAUAGGCUACUUUUUGUCUCUUUCUAACGCGAGCGAAGCAGCGGGCAAAAGCUAGUAUCAAAUAAAAUAUAUUUUUUUUUGUGAUCCAAAAAUAUAAAGAUAUUAGGAUUAUAAAACCAUUAGAUCAAUAUACAUUCUCGUUCA